AAUUCGUCGAGUAGCUUCCGCGUGUCGCUCCAGAGCCAUACCGCUCGGUAUAACUGAUUGCCGCUAGCGCAUACGUUCGCAUCGCUGCCAGACGACGCUAACCGAGCGCUCAGCAAGACAGCAACGCCAUCGGCGCGCCCCGAAAACAAAACAAGCAGCCACAGCCACACCAUGGCGCGCCGGCGCAAAGCGCUCAUCGCUCUCCUCACAGUCACCGCAGCACGCGCGUCGCCCCUCCAUUCACUAAGAGACACCUGGAGCAGAGCCGCCAUGGGCUACUGCGAGAUGGCUCCGAGGGCUGGCGACGUCGACACGUGCGCGUGCAGUUUCGACGUGGUGGAUGCGGCGACGUCGGAGGUCUUCGGACCUUUGUUGAGGAAUCUUACUCAACGUCGCUUCUUCCGCUACUUUAAAGUAGCUUUGGAUCGACCUUGCAAAUACUGGCCCGACGACGGGCAAUGUGCGCGGGAAAGCUGCGCCGUGCGCGUCUGCACCGACGAGGAGGCGCCGUCGAAAUGGGUCGAGGAGGAUCGGAACCGAUCCGCCUGGAAGCAGCCCAAGGACGAAGCGACGCCGGGCUUCCUCUGUUCUUCGGAGUUACAGGUAGUAGAUCGGCAAGAAGACUCGGAUACAUGGCAAGAGCAGGGCGGCGACGAGGUUUGGAUCGACCAGGGCGACGACGAGCAGAUGAACUACGUUGACCUAUUAAGGAAUCCCGAGGGCUACACGGGCUACGACGGCGAACAAGCUCAUAGAAUUUGGCGAUCUAUAUAUGAAGAGAACUGCUUCGACCUGGAGAGGACGCCUCCCAAGGAACAGCUUUUGUUAGCGUGGCGGUCCGAGGAACCCAAGCACAGUGGCCAAUGCUUGGAACGUAGAGUCUUCUACAAGCUGAUUAGUGGUCUACAAGCUUCCAUAUCAACACACAUCGCGGUCUCGCCCUUCACCUUCUGGGAGGUCGUGAUGAGUGCGCCGGCGUCGCUACGUCGAAGAUGGCAGGCCUUUAUUGGCGCUACAGUAGCGCGCUGCGCGGUAGAUGACAAGGUCUGCCACGCGCUGUCGAACGACGCUAUAUUUCUUAACAGGGUCGGGGCCCAUGAAGACAGGUUGCAGAACCUGUACUUCGCCUAUUUAUUCGUAUUACGAGCAGUCACGAGAGCGGGACCGGAGCUCGAGAACUACGCUUUUGAUACUGGUGAUGCUGCAGAUGACGUGGAAACGGCGAAGAUGAUCCGGCGACUCGUCGCCAGUCGUUCGGAUCCCUUCAGCAAGGAGGACGAUACGUGUGAAGCCGCGCAAGCGGCGCGAGCGGCUUUCGACGAGAGCUUACUAUUCAAGGCUCCCGACCGGCCGGGUAUGUCGCCUUUGGAACGGGCACUGGCGCGAGAGUCCGUCGAGGAAUUGCGGGCGCAGUUCGUCCAAAGAUUUAGAAACGUGUCGACGAUCAUGGACUGCGUGUCCUGCGAGAAGUGUCGGCUGUGGGGCAAGCUCCAGGUGCUCGGGUUGGGCACGGCGCUCAAGAUAUUAUUGAUGGAGGGCGACGUGUUGGGCUAUGGUGUCCUCCAGAGGAACGAGGUCGUCGCCUUGGUGAACACUUUAGCUCAGUUAGCUAAAUCGGUGGAUAGUAUUCGGGACUGGCAGCGGCGCGACGUCCGCAAGGCGCACGCGCAUUUUGCCGUUUGUUGCUUUGGGGUGUUUUUGUUGGGGCUUUGCUUGGUGGUUUGUGGGUUGCGGUUGGUGCGGCGCAAGGCGAAGAUGGCGUAGGCUAUGUG